AUGGUGGAAGCAUGGUACAACCGAGACAUUCAUACAAUGAGUGACUGGGUUGUUUACAUGGACCGAAGAACAAAUGAGAUCAAGAUUAAGGAUGCUGGAGGUAUCUCUAGGUUUGAGUUCAAUGCUCCUUACCAGGACGUAUAUGAUUUCAGCUCAGCAUAUUUUCAUGACAGUGAUGGUUCUUCGGUUGAGAUAAUAGAAAAUCUGUCUCCAUGA